AUGUCUUCGAAUAAUUUUAUUCAUGCAUUAAGAUCAAUAAGAGAUCUUAUAUUUAAGAGAUUUUUCGGAAGAAUAAUAAAAGCAUUAUUUGAAUAUUUAAUUAUACUUCUGUUUAUACAAUUACCAGGAUUUUUUUAUUAUACGAUUACAUUCGGAAAACAUGACGAGAAAAAAGAAAAGCAAACAAGAAUUCGAGCAAAAUUAACCAAUGAUUCAGAUCCGUCAUCACCAUAUAGAGCUUUGGAAGUACUUGAUGAACUUCAAAAUCAACCAGAAGUGGCAGUUGAAACUCUAGCUGAUAUUCCUGAUUUAUGUUUACAACGCUAUUCAGACAAAGAAACAAUGGGCGUCAGAGAAAUUACUGAUGUCAACGAGGAAAAACAACCAAAUGGAAAAGUUUUCAAAAAGUUUUCAUUUGAUGAAUAUAAAUUUACAACAUAUCGAGAAGCUUGUUCACGUAUUGAUGCAAUUGGUCGUGGUUUAUUAUCCAUUGGUGUUAAACCAGGUGAUAAAGUUUUACUUUUUUCUGAAACACGUCCUGAAUGGUUAUUAAGUGCAUUUGCGGCAUUUCGACACAGUUUAACUGUUGUUACACUUAUACCAACACUAGAUGAAGAAGGAGUUAAACACGGAAUUAAUGAAACAAAAGUUCAAACUAUUAUAACUUCACAAGAACUUUUUCCUAAACUUGAAAAAGUCUUAGAUCAAACAAAUAAAGUUCGUCACAUUAUUUAUUUUCCUGCUCGUAAUAAACAAGAAGCAGCUAAAUCACCACUAGAGAAAAACAAUAUUGAAUUUAUUCCAUUAGCUAAAUUUGAAGAACAGGGGAAAAAUGCAAAUAUUGAUGACGAAAUUUUAAAAAAACGACCUAAGAAAGAAGAUAUUGCUGUUAUUAUGUAUACUAGUGGAAGUACUGGACCACCAAAAGGAGCAUCCAUAAGACAUGAGAAUAUUGUUGCUGCAAUAACUGGACAAAAAGAACGUGCUGCUCCACUGAUUGAUGUCGACAAUGACAUCUUCAUAUGUUAUCUACCAUUAGGUCAUAUAUUUGAGCUUUGUUGUGAAACUCUUAUGUUUUAUAUGGGCAUUAAAACUGGCUAUGGAUCUCCUCAGACAUUAACUGAUCAGUCAACAGCUGUACAAAAAGGUCAGAAAGGAGAUUUACACAGUCUCCGACCACAUUUAAUGAAUUGUGUCCCGACCAUUCUUGAUCGUACAUAUCAAGCUGUUUAUGGAAAAAUAAAAGAAUCAAACUUUUUUCUACGUCAGAUAUUUAAUCUCCUUUAUACAAUAAAACUCAAACGUUUAGAAUAUGGUCUUCAAAGUCCAAUACUUGAUCAAUUGAUGUUUUCUCGUUUUAAUAAAAAGGCUCUUGGUGGUCGAGUGAAAGCAGUGAUAUCUGGUGGUGCUAUUUUAUCUGAAGACACUCAACGUUUUGCACAAUGUGCACUUUGUGUUCAAGUUUUACAAGGUUAUGGUCUAACGGAAACAUGUGGUGGUGGAACUAUUGCUGAUCAUUAUGAUAUCGCAGUUGAGCGUGCAGGAUAUCCAAUAAUUUCAGCUGAAAUUCGUUUAAUUGAUUGGGAUGAAGGUCAUUAUAAAACUACCGAUAAACCAAAUCCACGAGGAGAAGUUCUUAUUGGUGGAAAAAUUGUUGCUGAUUCAUAUUUUGGUGAUGCAGCAAAAGAAAAUGAUAAUUUUAAAGAAAUAGAAGGAACAAGAUAUUUUUUUACUGGUGAUAUUGGAGAAGUUUUUUCUGAUGGAACACUUAAGAUUAUCGAUCGAAAAAAAGAUGUAGUUAAAAUACGUAAUGGAGAAUAUGUCUCAUUAGCAAAAGUUGAAAUGUCCAUGAAGAAAUUAUUAUUUAUUGAGAAUUGUUGUGUAUGUGCAUCAUCGAAAUCAGAACAUGUUGUUGCUUUAAUUGCCCCAAAUUCAAAAGAAGCUAUGAGAUAUGCAGAAAAAUAUUAUCAUGAAAAAGAUUGGAAAAAAUUAGCUGACAAUGAAGAUUUUAAUGAUGAUAUACUUCGAAAAGUUAAAGAUGUUUGUAGAAAAGAUGGAACUCAAAAUUUUGAAAUUCCAAAAAGGAUUAAAAUAGUUACAGAUUCUUGGACACCUGAGAGUGGCCUUGUCAAUGAUGCACUUAAAUUAAAACGAAAAGCAAUUGAUAAAAAAUAUAAAGAUGAAAUUAAAGAACUUUAUGAAGAUAAACCAAAUCAAGAUAAGAAGAAGGAUCAAUUAAAGAAAAAAAGAUCAACAAAAGAUGAUGAUGAUAAUGAUGCUGACAAAAAAGAUCAAUAA